UACGCAUGGAAUCUGCCUCUUGAAGUCUUGUGAAGUCUUUUGAAAUCUUACGAAGUCUUGUGAAGUUCGAUGAAGUUUUGUGAAGUCUGUAGAAGUCUUGUGAAGUUUUAUGAAGUCUUAUGAAGUCUUAUGAAAUCUCAUAAAGUCUUUUGAAGUCUCAUGAAGUCCGUGAAGUCUCAAGAAGUCUGUGAAGUCUCAUGAAGUCCGCGAAGUGUGUGAAGUCUCAUGAAGUCUUUUGAAAUCCAAUGAAGUCUUCAGAAGUCUUCUGAAGUCUUGUGAAGUCCUAUGGAGUCUUUUGAAGUCUUGUGAAGUCCUAUGGAGUCUUUUGAAGUUUUGUGAAGUCCUAUGGAGUCUUUUGAAGUCUUGUGAAAAUAUGAAGUCACUGCGGCUGAAGUCCGUUGAAGUCUCUUGAAGUCUUGAAGUCCGCUGUUUCCUCCUUGCUAUAUCUCUUAUUGCUGUAAAUCAUCAUUCGACAUAAACAUUUCAUAGCUUUAUUUUUGUAUUUAAUAUAAUAAAUGUGCGUCAUCUAUUCCAGAAGUAAAUUGAUAAGUGCUUUUUUAACGUUUCCAUGGAAUGGACGACACGUUAUAAUGGAAUGAAAAACAAUUCUUUAUGAUUAAUGUUUUAAAUUUUCUUUUUGGGACUUCGUUGUAGAUGUAUGAGUGAGGAUAAUAAUAACGAAAAUAUGUUACUUCGUUCAUCUGUCUUUGUACCUUUUGAGUCUCUUACACAACAAGUUAUCAAAUCUGUAGUUUCAGUUGCAACAACAUUUCGUAAACCUGGUUUUGAUUACAGUGAGCGUACGAUUCUCAUAUUUUUGCUUGAAAUAAAGAAGAAAUUAAAAGAUAUUGAAAAGAAAAUCCAAGAAAGUAGCACAGAAAUCGAUCAACAAGUGAUUCAACAUGCACACAAUGUUCAACAAUGGCUCGUCGAUAUAAAUAAACAACCAAUAAAUUGGAUAGAACUUGAAAAUAAAUAUAGUAGAAUUGCCGACCAAAAUUGUGAUGAAAUGGCUCGUUAUUGCCGAUCUAAUAUUGCUGAACCUUAUUUUGAAUUAAAAGCCAAAACUCGAUAUACUGGUGUACUACAAUCUCGUGAGUAUAUAAAAAAAUUCCGAGAAAAUGGCUUUGAUCCAAAAGAACUUAAGCUGUAUUGGAAUGUGAAACAAAUUGAAAAUCUUUGUCCAGAAUCAAGCGGAAAAAUUCCGUAUGAUCCAUCAGAUGAUGAUGCUGUUGAAAAUCUUCGUGAAUAUCCUGUUAGUGAACGAAAUAAUAGUGGUAGAAUAAAUUACGUAACAAAUGGCAUCGAAAAAGCAGUUUUUGAUGUACCAGAAAAUGCUCAAAUUAUUAUUUUGAAUUUUGCGAAUGAACAAUCUCCAGGUGGUGGAUAUUUAAGGCAUGCUCGAGCACAAGAAGAAAUUCUUCUUUAUAAUUCUGAUGGUUAUCGUGCAUUACUUGAUCUAAAAUAUGGACGUAUGAAUAGUGGUUAUGCAAUACCUGAAUUUGGAUUAGCUUAUGUUCGUAAUAUGCGAAUUUUUAAAUCGCUAUCAUCGGAUGAAUAUCGAAAAGCUGAUAUGUUAGUAUCUGCUUGUUAUUGUAUGAUUGGACAUGAACUUUAUCAAAAUCCGAAAAACAAAGAUGAUUGGGGAAAAAAGAAUUUAGCAAAAUUUCGUGCGUUUAUAGCAGCAGCUGUUACCAAUACAAAUGGUGAUGGAAAAAACACGUACCUUCUACUUGGACCUAUUGGUACUGGUGCAUUUGGAAAUGAUGUUCAAUGUAUUGGUGAAGUGUUUCGUAAGGCACUUAACUCACCAAUGAUGGGUUCGAAAGGACCAAUAAGACAUGCUUUUGAACAUAUUUGGUUUGUUUCGAUUGAUCGAUGGAAAAAUGAGGAAUUCAAGAAGAUCUUUGAUAAAGAUGAAUUUGACAACAAUUAA